AUGAGGCCGUCGGAAAAGGCCGCGCGUGACGUGCCGGACACCGAGACGCGCGGGCGCCACGGCAGCGGGUACGUGAAGGAGAGCGCCCAAUCGAAGCGCAGGGUUGCGUCGUCCGAGGUGGCAGAAUGCACGUCGAGCGUCGGGUCCUCGGCGAAGAAGAAGAGCGAAGCAAAGAAGUCCACGGCCUCCUUGGCGGAGCCCAGAGUGAGCAGGGGCGUGUCCCAGACGGCGGUGGGCGCGAACAGCGGUGUGAGCUGGGCGGCUUCGGGGGAGCCUUCGGAGAAAAUGGUGUAG